UAGAUCUGGUAAUUAAUGUAUGAACCUCAUCAACUAUGUGUACAUCCCUGGAAAGUAUGCCACCAAGAGAUGACGCAAUGUACAAAUACACCCCAGGAAAGGUCACGGCUGCUUGACUGUUUAAAACCCCUGAGCAGGAGGAGAACUCUCACAACUGCAAAUGAGGAGCCAGGCUAAGGUGUCUUUGAAUCACCUCUGCCCCAUCCAGACAAGUACAGCAAUAUAAGACAGUAGAUACUAAGGGGGGAAAAAGCCACACCACCACCACCACCAAGUCUUGAGAUUACCUGUGCCAGUGCUCCUAGAAGAUCUAUCCCAGAAUGACUACUGUGAAGCUGAUAGCAUCACUCCUCUCCCUGGCUUCUCUGCUGCAAGUGGCUCUGUGCCUUAGAAUUGCCGCUUUCAAUAUCAAGACCUUUGGUGAGACCAAGAUGUCUAACGACACUAUCUCUGACUAUAUUGUGAUGAUCCUGAAUCAGUAUGAUAUUGCCCUCGUCCAGGAGGUGAGAGACAGCCAUCUGACAGCUGUGGGGAAACUGAUGGAUAAACUCAAUGGAGACUCACCAAAUACCUAUCAUUAUGUGGUCAGUGAGCCUCUAGGGCGGAACACUUACAAAGAACGCUAUCUCUUUGUAUUCAGACCUGACAAAGUGUCCGCCCUAGACAGCUAUUAUUACGACGAUGGCUGUGAAUCCUGUGGAAAUGACACCUUCAGCCGGGAGCCUGCCAUUGUCAAAUUCUCCUCCCCAAUUACAGAGGUGGAAGAGUUCGUCAUUGUACCCCUGCACGCAGCCCCGAAUGAUGCUGUUGCUGAAAUAGAUGCGCUCUACGAUGUCUACUUAGAUGUCCUCGAAAAAUGGGACACAGAGGACAUUCUGUUCAUGGGAGACUUCAAUGCUGACUGCUCCUAUGUCACCGCUUCCCAAUGGUCAUCUAUCCGUCUGCGCACUGACCCAGCAUUCCAGUGGCUAAUUCCUGACACUGCAGACACCACUGUGACAUCUACUGACUGUGCUUAUGACAGGAUUGUGGCCUCUGGAACUAAGCUACAAAAUGCCAUUGUGCCUGAAUCAGCCACCACAUUUGAUUUCGAGGCAGCAUACAACUUGAGUCAUGAAAUGGCUCUAGCCAUCAGUGAUCAUUAUCCUGUGGAGGUUACACUGAAGACAGCCUGAAUCUCCAUGAAGUCCAUCUAACUUCCUUACUUCAUCUACUUCCCUAACUUCUGGCCAAAGGCACUGAUGCCUUUAUUUGCCUUCUUCCCCCUCACAUGGGCUCCCAAAUGUCAACAUACAAAGUAUUAUACCAUUAGAUUUGGAUAAACUGGUUAUAGGAUUUGCUGAAGAUAUAAGAUAAUAGCAUCCUCUCUGACUUAUUAAAAAAACCCAAAACAAUAGCUACUACCUUCAUGGGCCUGAAAGAAACAAUUAAGUUGAUAAGAUUUUAAAACUGAUGCCUUAUCCCAGAGUCAGGAUCCUGAAAACACCCAUUUCUGAAUUGUUACAGAAUUAAAACGCAGGAAUUAAAAAGACCUUAAACAGAAUGCAAGAAAGCCUUUGAUCAAAGUCAACAGUCAUUGUUCCUAGAAGAAACCUAUGGCCCUACUCACCCAUCAACGUUAAAGAACCUGAUCCUAGCUACCUCUCCUCUUUGUCGUUGUCUCCCCCAUUAGAACAUAAGCUCUGUAAGGGCAGAGAAGGUCUUUGCUUAUCAGUACUUAGAAUAGUGCUUUACAUAUAAUAAGUGCUUAAUAAAUGCUUUUUUUGUUCAUCAUUAUUUACUAUUCUUUAGCACAUAUUAAAGUGGCUUAGACUGCAGGUACAUAGUAGAUUCUACUAAUAUUUGUUGACAUUCCAAGUGUUCAAGACAAUGUGUCUGCUCUACUCAUCUCCAUAAAUGACUUUCACGGUCCUGAUUUUGAAAAUCACAUUUUGGUUAUCUGUCAAUUCAUAUGUACUUGUGCAUAAGUCUCAAUGCAAUGUAACUGUAAGUGAUUACAGAAUCAUUUAAUAAAGCUUUUAGAUCAGAAAUAGUAAAUUUUUUUAUUUUUUGCAGCUUUUAACAAAGGCGUUUUCUAGUCUCUUUCUUCACCUUUAUUUUUACCUUGUUUGAAGCUCAUUUGUGAUUAUAGCUUUAACCAGCACAGGAUCUCACUAGGAUUUUGCCCUGGGGGUUAACAGGGUGGGGGGGGGAGUGAGGAGAGAUUGUCCUGUGAGUGCACAAAUUUUCUCCCCAAAACAACCCUCAGUGCUUUGCCUUAGUGUCUUCACGGGGCAGGCACAGCACACUGAGACACAACACAGGCCAACCCCAUCAGCAUCCCAAUUUUCUCCCUCUUAACCCAUGUGGGGUUGCAGGCCAGACUCCUGGGGUAUGAACUGCCUCCCAAUUCAAAUGAACUUUUUCCAGAAAAAGGACUCCUAGUUAUAGCUCUGGCUAUGACCUGGGCGGGCAAAGCCUGACUCCACCUAACAGAGGAGUUAAUGAAAGAUUAUACUAAGGAAGAAACAAGACUAAACCUUUUCAUGCCCUCAAAAACUUCCUGAGAAAACUGGUUUUUUACUGUGGCAAGGUUUGUAUACACUCUGGAGAUAUUCAUAUCUACAACUUGUAACAGUGUUGGCUUUUUGUGCCCCAGAGGCAGAGACAGAAGAGGUCUCACAAACUCAGAGAAACAUUAGUACUGGACUAAGGAGGUUUUAAAAAAAGACAAACAUUCAGAUGAGCAAAAACAUAUAACCAUAGUUAUACUUACGUUUGUGUGUAUAUGUGUGUGUGUGUGUGUGUGUGUGUGUAUAUAUAUAUGUAUACACAUACACACAUAAAUGUGUACAUAAACAUGUACAUAUAUAUGUAUAUAUCACAAAUUCAUUAAUAUAUAGGUAAUUGGCUUUAUUGGACUCCAUGACUACAGACUCACUGAAAGACAUCUUGCAAAUACACUAUGAGUCAGAAGGGGGUCUGGAUGAGAGUACAGGAUGCCCCAAAAUAAAUUCUAUUCCCACUUCCAGAAAACCUCAAAUCAUUUUCUUUCUCUUUUUUAUUGGGGGGAAGGGGGAGAUGAGGGGGAACCCCGGAUUGACUGAAGUACGGUGGCCACUCAUGGGUAUGAUCCCACUACUAUGUGGUGUCAGAGUUUUGACCUACUCUGCUUCUGACCUGAGCUGGUCUUUCCCUGGUGCCCUGCCCCCACCUGCCAUUUUUAGGGGCUCACCGUCUUGGUACCAGACCUCAAUCAGCUUUAGCCUACUUUAGCUAAGAACCCCUGAGCUCAAGUGAUCCACUAGCCUCAGUCUCCCCAGGAGCAGGAACUACAGAUGUGUUCCACCACAUUAUUUUCUACUGCUGGCAGAUCACAAAUAUGACUUUAGCAUAAAGACAUUACUAUUGUUAUACUAUCCUCAUGUAUCUGCACCUUCUUGUCAUUCGGUUGUUUCAGUCAUGUCCAACUCUUCACAACCUCAUUUGGGGUUUUCUCGGCAGAGAUACUGGAGUGGGUUGCCAUUUCCUUCCCUAGGUCGUUUUACCGAUGAGGCGACUGAGGCAAAAAGGGUUAAAAGACUUGCCUAGGGUCACACAGCUAGUUAAAUGCCUGAGGCCAGAUUUGAACUUAGG